AUGCGCCUGCAGGUCAUGAAGUCGUGUCGCAAUGGCGUCUUGAUAUGCGCACGGCGGCCGAGGCUGCAUUGCAAAAAAAGUCGAGAUGGGAAAGUCGGCCAGAACUUCGGCCCGAUGACUGCAUGUGGAGACCGCAUACGCCAACGGCUAUCUAUCAAGUAUUUGUAG